CUCUUUCGUCCGGCCCUCUCAUCGGCACGACUUCAGGCUGAGCGUCUCUGCGUAUUAGAGGGACCAUCGUCGAUGAGGCUCGCGCUGCGGCCAGCUCAGUCGGCGAGAAUAGCAGCGCCCUUCGUCCGGCGGACAUAUGCAACAUCAUCGUCAGAUCCAACACCUACCCCACCACCAGGUCCACCAGGCGGAAGUUCGCGCGAGGAAAAGGCCAAGGACCGCGAAGCGAUCGGCCCUUUCAACUCGCGCGCCGCCCUCCUCUUUGUCGUCACGGGCAUCGGCCUCUUUGCCUAUUUCAGCCGCGAAAAAGCCGCCGUGCAAGCACGAAAACGGGCCGAGUCAGACCAGGCCCGUGUUGGUCGGCCCAAGAUUGGGGGCGAGUUUGAGCUGCUGAUGCCCACACCCGUCCGACCGGGCGAUGAGGCAGCGGCGCAGCAGCAAAAGGUGGAGGCGCGGAGAGUCACGGACGAGGAUCUCAAGGGGAGCUUCAGCCUCGUCUACUUUGGCUUUACCAACUGCCCGGACAUCUGCCCAGAGGAGCUCGACAAGAUGGCGCACAUUGUCGAAAACGUCGACGACAAGCACGGCCCCGUCAUCAACCCCGUCUUUAUCACCUGUGAUCCUGCACGCGACACGCUCCUGGCGACGUCCAUCUACGUCUCUGAGUUCCACCCCAGGCUCAUUGGCCUCACGGGCCCGUACGAGGCCAUCAAGGCGGCAUGCAAGGCCUACCGCGUCUACUUUAGCACCCCGCCGGGCGCCGACCCAAGCGGCGACUACCUCGUGGACCACUCCAUCUUCUUCUACCUCAUGGACCCCGACGGAAAAUUUGUCGACGCCUUUGGACGGAGCAUGGGCCCCGACGAGGCCACACAAAAGGUCCUCGGCUUCGUCGACCAGUGGAAGAAGGCCGGCAACGAGAUCGAACGGGCAGACGCAAAGGAGCGUAUCCUCAGAGAUGCAAGCAGAAAAGUCGAUGUGUAGCUAGCAGCAUCUAUCAUUACCACUACUCUUUACUAAUUAAGGCCAUUACUUCCAUGGUAAAAAAAGAAAAGGACAAAGC